CUUAUCAUCCGCGCCGACGAGGAGAAUGGGAAAAAACAACAAGAAAAAGCUUCAGGUCCCACACGAAUCCCAUCUCUUGCUCCCCGCACACCCAAGUUGCAGCGGGUCGGAGCAGAUAGUCGACACGCAUACGCAUUUGGUAUCUACCUUUUCAUCGUACCAGAGCAAGUACCGCGAAGGGAGAUAUGGCAGCAUCUUCGAUUUCGUGAAGGGUAUAUACACCCAGUCCCGCCACAAAGUCGAGGCUAUCGUGGAUGUGUGGUGUGAAGCACCGGUGCAGAAGGUAUGGAAGGAGUUGGCGGACUCGGCGCUUACUGCGGAGGGGAGACGGGAUAACUGGGGAGGGAUCGAAUAUUGGUUCGUGAUGGGUAUGUCCCUUCACGAAGCGAAGCUUUACACUGACGAUGUCGAGAAAGAUAUUCUAGAUGCCAUGACCCACCCGCGCUGCGUUGGCUGGGGCGAAAUCGGGCUUGACUACCACUACGACAACUCGCCCCGCGAGAUCCAGCAGGAUGUCCUGCGCAGGCAACUGCGACACGCCGUCCGGCUCGGGAAGCCGCUCACGAUCCACACGCGCGAGGCGGAAGGAGAUACCGAGAGGAUAUUGAAGGAGGAAGUCCCAAAGGAUUAUAGAAUACACAUCCACUGCUUUACCGAUUCGCCCGAGUUUGCGCAGAGGCUGCUGGACCACUUCCCCAAUCUCUACAUUGGGAUAACAGGCGUGAUAACGUACUCGACCAACCUCAACACCUCCGCCGUCAUCCGGCAUCUCUCAUCCACCCCUCCUCUCCGCAUCCUGCUCGAGACCGACGCGCCGUUCAUGAUCCCGGCAAACCUCUACUCGUCGCUCCCCGCGCUGAAAGGUAAACUUCCGCUUUGCCACACAGCGAUGAUCCCCUGGACGGCCGAGUUCGUCGCGGGCGUCGUCGGGGAGGGGUGGGACACCGAGAAGGUGAUGAAGGAGGCAAAUGAGAAUGCAAAGAAGAUGUACGGCGUGUGA